UCCGCUCGCAGAACAACUUCCAUCCAUUGCGCUGCAUACAAACAUACAAACAUACACACAAUCUCCCUCGCCUCUCUCGAACCCUGACCAACUCUUAACGUCAAGAAAUCCGUAUCCGCACCCAUCACCACAACCGCCACCAACAGCUCCAGACCUUAACAAAUCAAUGCUUCUCCGCACCACCCGCCUCCCAGGCCUUCUCCUCCGAUCUACAAAUCACCACCACCAACACCACUUCUUCUCCACAACAACAGUCAAGAUGACCUCCACCACUCCCGUCGAAGACCUCAUCCGCGCAAAGUUAACGACAGCCUUUACUCCCACCACCCUCCUCAUCCGCAAUGACUCCCACAAACACGCCCACCAUGCCCCGAUGCGCGACUCCACUUCCAAAGAAACCCAUUUCCAUGUAACUAUCACCUCCUCGUCCUUCGCGUCGAAACCCCAGCCUGCUCGACACCGUAUGGUCUAUGGUUUGUUGAAGGAGGAGAUGAGUCGGGAGGGGGGCAUCCAUGCGCUGCAGCUGCGGACGAAGACGCCGGAGGAGGAGCAGCGGGAGAGGGAGAGGGAGGCGCAGCAGCAGUAGUAGAGUGCUAUAGAUGCCAUGGCUGGAUUUAAAGGUAGGUUGGGUUUCUCCUAUGAUCAUUGUCUCAUACAUUUACAAAUAUAC